CUGAGGAUCGAAACUCUGCAGACUUCAAUUUUGUAAAUGAGCAAAACAACGAGGCUGAGGCACUGAGGGGUCAAAUCAGACAGAUCCAAAAUGAGAAGGAGCAGCUUCAGCUCCAAGGUCGGCAGUGGGAACGACAUCAUCUUUCUUUGAAGAGAGAUGUUGACGAGCAGCAAAAAGAAAGUGAAUCUCAAUUGGAGAUUCAUGAAAACCAAGCCGAAGCCACGAGCAAAGUCCUGGAUGAGAUUAAAUCAGCAAUAAACAAAAUCUCUAAAAUGGUAUGUGACCGCUCAGUUUUUGAGCAUAAACUGGGCUCCUCUGUGGGCAUGACUGAAAACAACAUGAUGUCAAACCUGGGUCUUGUGGAGCAGAAGACAACUGAGCUGCUCACUGUACACACUUUCCUCAAAACUAAAGAAAAGGACUACARUUCAACAGAUCUGGCCAUGUGCCUUUUGGGUCAGAAUCAAGACCGACUUCAGCAAAGUCUUAAUAUUCAACUGGCUGUCAACAGCAAGGCAGAGGAGUCUUCUCUCACUGAUGAAGAAGAACGGCCCCUGUCACGAGAUGAACUUCUCAGGAAAAUAACUAAGAAGUCUGCRAACAGAAAGUUUGGCCCCACAGGGAGCAACAAAAAACUCAAAGACCAGCUGGCAUCUCGGUAGUAACCAGCACACUCUGGAGGAUGAAAUGAUGUGACAUCAUCAGUGCUCUUAUUAAAAAUUACUAUUUUGUACCAUAGUUCAACCAUCAUAAACCUAUGAUGGCUCCAUUUAUUGUUGUUUAGGUUGCAGCUUGCACAUGUAAACGUGGAGCUGAAUUAUUUUGCAUGUAUGUCAUCUAAAACACAGGCCUGCCUUGCUAUAUAAUAAAUUAAAAUGAUUUGUUUAAUUGGAACUAACCAGGUUUGCAGGCAUAAAGACUCUGGUAACCAGUUGUCCUUUUCAUCCCUGUCUUGCCAUCUGGCUUUCACUAAUUCUAGUCCCAGUACCGUCCCUCCUCAUUGGCAGUGCUUCUGCUCAAACAAAAAGUUGGGAGGCAACAGGGCCUUUUGUAAUUGACAUGCCAAGACAUAAACAAAGCUUAACUUUAGAAAAGCUUAACUUUUCACGUUCAUUUUGAGUAGUUUCUGUUGUCGGGAAUAACCAUGGUUGUCUUGAAAUAUGUUUACUAAUCCAACUCGUUUAUUCGGAUUGUUAAAGUUUCCCUCCAAUUCUUUUUCUUACGAUUCUGCUGCUAACCUGUAAAGUGGAAAAUUAUCUGAACCCAAACAGAGCAGAUUUCAGGUAAUYAGCCAAAUUAAAAUGAGCCUGUAGAAAGUGUCUAAAUUUUGUAUUACUGCAUGGACUUGUUUUUUCUUCUU